AGGAGGCUGGGACCCGGCUGGCUUUCCCUGUUCCCUCCAGGUUGGCAGCCGCCUGGUAGUGGCGGAGCCUGUUGUUGGGUGUGUGGGUGUGCACCUCGCCGGUGUUGUCUGAGUGUUGUCAGUGCAGCGUGACUGUUGUCUGUCCCCUGAGUGUAACGACCCCCGCGUGGCGGGUGUCCUGGGCCAGGGUCGAGGUGGGGGCAUGGCUGCCUUUGCUGGCACGUUUUGCAGACAUUCAGGUGACACCGGGUUGUUGCGAGACCUUCUGGCUCUUCCACCCCCCACGCUCCCCACCGUAGUGUGUUUCCGCCUCACUCAUCUUUAGUAACUGGCGAAGCAACAGGGAGGAAACGGACCUCACUCUGUAUCGGAGCCAUGCCCGCUUGGGUCUCUGCUCCGUGGGUCCCUGGCUGCCCGACUUGGCUGGCAAGGCGCUCCUCUCUGCCCUCUGCAGAGGCCUGCAAAGUCCCAUCGAAAUGGUUACAGUGCUGCAUGUUUCAAGUUGAAUAAUAAUAUCGAAGGGGAGGAGUAAGUUCUGACUGUAACUUUUUUGUAAAUUCUGUGCUAGAAAGUACCGCAAAGUCCCAUGCACGGACUGAAGGACAAAAUGUACCCUUCCUAAGUAGCUUGGUGUAGCAUUUAAUCUGUCCAUUUUCGAGAUUCCUAUUAGCCUUCCUAACAUGACUGUAGUAUGGAAGAAUGCUGAUCAGGGUAUAAAACUUUUGGAAACCUUUUGCGAAGAAUGAUUUGAACCAUGGGUGGGAUUGUGUGGAGGCGGGGGUGGGGGACUGGUCUGGAAUGGCUUAAAGGGGAGUGUGUAGGGAUCCUUGAAAAUGUUUGCAUUGGCUGUGGACACAGUAGAGGAUUGAUUCAUUAUGGGAUGAAAUGCCUGUGCUGUUGAGAGCGUGCACACAGCCCAGCUAAAAAGAAGGGCUUGAGUGUGUUUUCACGGGGAGCACACAAAACGCACGAGUGAUUUGCUAGAAGUUGAAAUGACACCAGACUGAAAAGAUUUCCCAACAAACUUUGACGGGCAAGAAGUUCCACACAAGGUUUUUCCCUUUUUCUCCCUCUGAUAAAGUAUAUUCUUGACUGCAAACACUAGUAUAAACACACACACGUUUGUGAAUAAAAUUCCUUUUGAAAAUAGUGUGAUAUGGGGAGGAGGCGACUGAGCGAGGAGGGGCAGGGGGAAGGUGGGACGUUAGAGAACUAUAAGCCACAGCCUGGUGGGACCACCCGCCUUCGGUGGAGAGGUGGAGAGGGCUCCUGCCGGGCUGCGCUGGGUCUCCUGGGCCUCUCUAUCUGCAAGUGUUAAUCAGCUCUGUGGGGUUUUUUCCUCCUGUGAUUCCUCUUCCUUCAGGCUUACUUCUACCCUGGGACCCCUCCCUUUCCCCUUCCCCAAAGGGCAAGUUCUUCCCUGGGGAGAGAGGCAGAGCCAGGGUGCCUAGGCACUGCCUGCGCUGGAUCACCAGGGUUGGUCCCGGGGCGGGAGACAGGUGGAUCCCUGAAUUCUGUAGUCAGAGCGCGGGAGUGCAGACUCCCAUGUUUGGAGCUCCUCAGUGUGCUCAACUGUAAAAUCCAUGCUUCUUUUUUCCCUGCACACAUGCCAAGAAUCCCUUUAAUGUAAAUAGUAUCUCCAUAUGAACAACCUGACCUCUAGUUUCUUCCUUGAAUCCUUAACGGAAAAGAAUGGGGCCAGUUUUCUUUUGAGUUGGGAGGGGAUGGAAUCUUUGCCUCCCCCUUUCCCUACUCUGUUGGAAAAUCUGCUGCCACCACCACUUUGUAGGAAGAUCCUGUAUUCUUGCAAACAGUGUCAGUGGAUGUAACAUUUUACCGAAUUUUUUAAGAAUAGAGGCUUAAUAAUUCACUGCAUGUUAGUUCAUUUUAAUCCUAGACCAAAUCUCCCCUAAGCAAUGUUAAUUGCUUUAAAUUUUAUGCAAGUGCUUCUCAUUUUUAUCAUCAUAAAAUCCGCUCUAGAGUGAAUUGAGUAAGCUUAAAUUCACUUGUUUGGAAAGAUGUUUGGAGGUUUUAAUUGUACUCUUUUUUUUUUUUUAUUUCAGUGAACGAUUUGCACAUUUCAUUGCAUCUUAGCAGAAAAUACAAAUUCUUCAUUCACAGGGAGGGAUGUGCUUGUAAGCUAGACAUUGAUUUAGGAUAAUAAAGUUUACUAUUUAGAAAAGAUGUAAGAAGGGGUGUAUAAAAUCCCUAUAGAAUGUAUAAUUGAUGGUCCUUUAUCCAGUUCUUACCUUACUGUUUUGUGUAUCCGAGAACAACUUCCCAUCUCCCCCUCUACGCUCAGUCUUCAGAAAAGAAAAAGAGACACCCCCAGGUUAAGUCAGUUUACGCACUAUUUUUAGCUUUUUUCGUAAGAAGGUGACAGAUUAUUUCGUUUCCAAAUAUUUCUAACGAUUUUCUGCUCAAGUGUAAGAUAAUGGAGCAAAGAGUUUGUAGGAAUGGCUAAGGGAAGGUGGGGGAUGGGGAAGGCGUUUUUGAUGAAUGGUUUGUUGCUUACGGGAGGGGAACAGUAUUUUGUGCUGACUCUCCAGGCUGAGAUUCCCCCCUACACACACACACACACUUUUUUUUUCUUGUCUUUCUUUUCCUUCUUCGUUUAUUUCUCUUUUUUUCCUUUCUUUUCCUUUUCUUUUUUUUUUCUUUUUUUUUUUUUUUCUUAAGGCAGGUCUGGUUUGGGCGACUUUGUUUUGUCUCCCAGUAUUGAAGGCUUUUACUCUGGACUUGAAUCCUCGCCUUUGGUUUUUGAUCAGAGGAAAGCGUUCCCCUCCCCUCCGCAGGAUCGCUCUGUUUCUCAGUGAACAAGACGAGGGAGUUUAGCACUUUUUAGUACAUAUAAGCUGGUGAUUCUAGAAGGGUAUAGAUUUGGAGAAUGCCUGCGCCGGUCCUAUUCUUUUUUCCUGGGAUUCCUGGAUUUUAGUCUCAAGUGGGUCCUCCCGUCGGAUUACUGGAAUCCUGCACUCAUUGCAUGCACAUAUUUUUAAUUAAAGGGGGUUACAGGGAGGGUCUCCAAAUGCUCGCAUCCUUCCCAGCGUGUCUUUCUUGUCUUUCUGUGGCUCCCUGGCCCUUCCGCCCCUGCUCCGCGUCCCAAGCCCCCGUUCGCUUUGCGCCGGCUGCGCUUGAACUUGUUUCUGGUGGAGCAGAAGGCGCGAGCUGCGGACGCUCACGCAGAGAUUUGUUGGUGUUAACGCAUCUGACAUCAACUAUUCAGCAGGCCGCUAUGACCCCUCAGUUAAGCCUCCCUUUGACAUAGGUUUCGAAGGCAUUGGGGAGGUGGUGGCCCUAGGCCUCUCUGCUAGUGCCAGAUACACAGUUGGCCAAGCUGUGGCUUACAUGGCACCUGGUUCUUUUGCUGAGUACACAGUUGUGCCUGCCAACAUUGCAACUCCAGUGCCCUCAGUGAAACCCGAGUAUCUUACCCUGCUGGUAAGUGGCACCACCGCAUACAUCAGCCUGAAAGAGCUCGGAGAACUGUCGGAAGGGAAAAAAGUUUUGGUGACAGCAGCAGCUGGGGGAACGGGCCAGUUUGCCGUGCAGCUUUCAAAGAAGGCAAAGUGCCAUGUAAUUGGAACCUGCUCUUCUGAUGAAAAGUCUGCUUUUCUGAAAUCUGUUGGCUGUGAUCGUCCUAUCAACUAUAAAACUGAACCCGUAGGUACCGUCCUUAAGCAGGAGUACCCUGAAGGCGUCGAUGUGGUCUAUGAAUCUGUUGGGGGAGCCAUGUUUGACUUGGCUGUAGAUGCCCUGGCUACCAAAGGGCGCUUGAUAGUAAUAGGGUUCAUCUCUGGCUACCAAACUCCUACUGGCCUUUCGCCUGUGAAAGCAGGAACGUUGCCAGCCAAACUGCUCAAGAAAUCUGCCAGCGUGCAGGGCUUCUUCCUGAACCAUUACCUUUCUAAGUAUCAAGCAGCCAUGGGGCACUUGCUUGAGAUGUGUGCUAGUGGAGACCUGGUUUGUGAGGUGGACCUUGGAGAUAUGUCUCCAGAGGGCAGGUUUACUGGCCUGGAGUCCAUAUUCCGUGCUGUCAAUUAUAUGUACAUGGGAAAAAACACUGGAAAAAUUGUAGUUGAAUUACCUCACUCUGUCAACAGUAAGCUGUAAAAACAGAACAAUGACAUAAAUCAAGGGAGAAAGAAAAUGGGCACUUUAUGUCUCAGAAUUACUCAAAUCAAUUUAUUUUUAGUUGGUAAUGGAUAUAAUAUUUCUUAAAACAAAAGUAAGGUGUUAAUGAAUAGGUCUGUCUCCUCCUCCUCCUCCUCCUCCUCCUCUUCCCUUGGGGGGAAAAAAGUGCUAAUAAAACUUCCCUCCAUGGCUAAGAGGGAAAACGCUUACAUUCAAUUCUUUAGUCAUGGAUGGUCUCGUUCCAGAUUUUGUUGUUCCAGGGAACUAAAUUCAUUCCUGAUGCCAGAUCUGAUCGAGUCAGUAUGUCUUCAGCUUGAUCAGAUUUUAAAAUCAGUUUUGAAAGUGGUUCCCCAAAGAAUCCUUGCUUUGGGAGAAUUUGGUCUUACGCUCAUAAGCAGUUCAUGAGUGAGAAGUGUAGCAAAAGCCAGCCAUAUAUUUUCAGAAUCUGUAUCCUCAGGAAACGCUCCUUUUUUUUUCUAUAAAUCACUAACCAACUAUCUAAAUGGACAUGUGGGGGAAUUUCCUCCCAAAUUUGAUUUUGUUAUUAGAAAAAUGAUUCUGUGAACAGAGAUGUGUUUUGAAGAAGUAGCACGUAAUGGCUUUUAUCUACCAUCACCCUGGUAAGGCACAUGUGAAAUGGAAAUGUUCUUUUUCCUCUGAAGCAGCAAAUUAAUGUUGAAAACUUACAUAGACAGAAAGUAGGUUUUGGAAAGGGAAACCACAGAGAUUAGGGGGACUUAAAAUUAAUAUAGGCACAGGAAAGAGAAAAGUAUGCGCUCCAUUCACAGUGAGGGUUCGCCACAAAACACGGGCCCCAGGAGGGAAACGCUGUCUAGGCACACCGCAAGGCCUUAAUAACAGUGUGCUGCGAUGCCCGAGGUACGGCAUGUCCCAUCGCUCUGUGCCCUGUAGGGACCUCAGUCAUCUCAAGGAAGAAUACAUUUGCUUUUCCUUAGAGGCUUUCAAACUAGAAGCUGAUUCUGGGAACAGAACAGCAGCCACUCAUUCUGCAUUCCUGUUUCCCUCUCCACGUGUUCUGGUGGAAUGAGAUGCUCCUUAGCACUACAGCCUGAUGUCCCACAUUCACCCACUGACCACACGGGAAAAGCAGCAAAACCUGCACCCUCUCUUCUGAAUCACCCUGUGGCUCAUCGGCCUCCCGCUUAACCUUUAGUGCCCUGAAGACUGCUGCCGCUGUCACCAUUGCGCAGAAACCCCACGGUGCCCUUCUAAUUGAAGGUGAAGCCCACCAGAUUAUUUUUCAAAGUCUUUGGUUUAGGUAUAUCUAACCUGCUCAAUAAAUAUGGACGCAAUUAAAGAUGCUCUAGGAAAGUUGGGGACCGUAUUUAAUUUUUCUUUCCUUCCAUCUCAGGAACAAGGAAAUCCUACUGCUGAAUAGCUGUUAGUAUGUAUUUUACAAGAUUUACUCAUUUUCAGGUACCUAAUGUAGCUGCUAGCAUGCAUGCACAACAAUACAAUUUAUAUGGUAAAUGGAACCAAAUAAUGGCUUCACUGAAUGUUAUGGCUGCACUGAAGGGAAAUGUCACGGUAAAUAGCUGCCAAAUUAUGGAUCAUGCCGAAGUGUCACAACUGCACUAAAGACAAAUAGCACUAGAGGCUAUUGCCACUGUGACGCUUUUGAGUUAUGAAGAAGGGUAGCGGCCUGAUGCGAGGCUCUUUGUGUCCUCAUUAUAGCAAAGGGUUACUGGUGCAGAGGACUAGGAAAGCCUGUCCAGUGUGGUGCUUAGUUAUUCAUCCGUCCCUUUCAGACCUAACAGCCACAGCAACACGGAAAGAGACUUUGCCUCGCUUUUACAUUCACAAACAAACAAAGGAGGGGGGGAGCAGGUUUUAUGAAUGUAACUGUGCACAGGAAAUGACUGGUAAUGGAAAAAUGUUGUAAUAAAAUAAUCUAAUCAAAGAAUAUUAUUAAAUUUAACAUAGUCGGUGUCCAAAAGGCUUAGUUGCCUCUUAUGCAGAUAGAUGUGUGAAAUCUAAGCAAUAAUGUACUUUCUCCCUUUGUAAAGACUUGGGGACUAAGGGCAUUACCAAUUAAAUUGCUUCUUCGAAACUGAA